AUGCUCGUCGGCAGCGUGGCGAACAAAGACCGCGAAGGCGCGCGCGACUUCCGCCAACUAACAUACAUCUGCAUGAAAGACGAGGGCACACGGGAGCCCGAGACGCUAGAGUUUCCCAAGGAGCCGUGUAAGAUGGGCAUCAUGAUCAACCACCGCUUCCCAACGUGCUGGGAUGGCGUGAAUCUCGAUAGCCCGGAUCACCGCGAACACGUCGCGUAUCCUGCGAGCGGGACGUUUGAGAGCGGUGGGCCGUGUCCGGCUACACAUCCCGUGCGGCUGCCGCAGAUCCUGCUCGAGACGGUGUGGGAUACGCGCGCAUUCAACAACAAAGCUGAGUGGCCGGCGGAUGGGGGUCAGCCCUUUGCAUGGUCCUCGGGCGACGCCUCCGGCUGGGGCACGCAUGCCGACUACGUCUUCGGGUGGAAAGACGACAGCCUGCAGAAAGCGAUGAAUGCGAAUAACUACGUGUCCGCGCCGACGUUGAAGAAGCAGAAUAUCGCGGCGCAGAAUAAGUGUAAUGUGAAGGCAUAA